GGGGGGGGAGAGAGAGAGAGAGAGGAACAACUUCUGUCCCGGUUGUCCAAGAAAAAGCUCCUUUUUUUUUACCGAAAAAAGAAAAGCGGUGUGACUCUGGGGACAAGUUAAAUGUCAGCGUGGACGCGGUGAGGAAAAAAUCAGUAGUUUCUUUGCUUAUUUCUUCAGGACUUCAGAGAGAAAGACACCUGCUGCGAGGGAAAAGGGAGAUGACAGAGAAAAAGAUCGGAGCACCAGGGAUGGCCCUGUGUAGCCGGUGGCGAGCCGCUGUCGCUGUGGGCGUGACCGCCGUGGUCCUGGCGGGUCUGGGAGCCGCAAUCUGGGCCCUGGCUACAUACAUAAAGACCGCGGAAGACACAGGUUUAUAUGACGUGCAGGUGAGCGUUGCGGACCAGAGACUACGGGUGUUUGACUCCGCCCAGCGGCGGUGGAGACACGUCUGCUCGUCCGGCGCCAAUCAGCUGCUCGCCGCCAUCAGCUGUGAAGAGAUGGGCUUCGUCAGGGCAAUAAAUUUCUCCGUCACGUGUGCUCCCGACAGCAGCAGCAGCGGCCACGAGUUCUUCUGCGUCAAAGAGAGCGAGUUAACCUACGGCAAGAAGAUCGGCACAGCACUGUAUCCGUGUCACUGCGAAAAAGGACAGAUUGUUCAAGUGCUUUGUCAAGAUUGCGGGCGGCGUAUGCUUCCUGAGGAGCGGAUCGUGGGAGGUGUGGAUACGCGACAGGGCUCGUGGCCGUGGCAGGUCAGUCUGCAGUAUGACGGAGUUCACCAGUGUGGAGGAUCCAUCAUCUCGGACCGCUGGAUUGUCAGUGCUGCACACUGCUUCCCUGAGAGAUAUCGUCACGUGUCGAGGUGGAGGGUUCUGAUGGGUUCCAUCUACAACACGCCCAUCCAUAAGAACGUGGUGACCGCUGAGGUGAAGACGGUGGUUUAUCACAGCAGUUACCUGCCCUUCGUCGACGCUAACAUCGACGACAACAGCCGUGAUAUCGCCGUGCUUUCUCUCACGAAGCCUCUGCAGUUCACUGACUACAUCCAGCCCGUGUGUUUGCCCACCUACGGUCAGCGGCUGAUUGAUGGUCAGGUUGGCACGGUGACAGGCUGGGGAAACGUCGAGUAUUACGGCACACAGGCGGUCAUCCUCCAGGAGGCCCACAUUCCCAUAAUCAGUGAUGCUGUCUGUAACGCCCCUGAUUACUACGACAACCAGGUCACCACCACCAUGUUCUGUGCCGGUUAUGAGAAAGGAGGAACCGAUUCCUGUCAGGGAGACAGCGGUGGUCCCUUCGUAGCAGCCGACUGUCUGUCGAAGACGAGCCGCUACAGGCUGCUGGGCGUGGUCAGCUGGGGGACGGGCUGCGCCAUGGCAAAGAAACCCGGCGUCUACACCCGAGUGUCCCGCUUCCUGCCCUGGAUAUCCAGUGCCAUGAGGACUUAUGAAAAUUCCCCCGGAGUCCAUAAAAUGGCUCGUGCAGCCACAGCGUAGGCCACCCGAGACCUAAAGCUGUCGGAAAAGACCAAGAUCAGGUCUGCGAUGGACGUCACAAAGUCCCCAAGACCAAAACAGUCGAUCACAAAGAAGCCAAGUGUCCUGUCGUCUCGCCAUAGCUCAUGUUAAACAGCGGCUGUAAUUCUGUAAUUAUAAAAUGACACAGUAUAGAGGAGGGAUAUACAGAAAAGUCUAAUGCAGGGUUCAUAGGGUGGGUUUUAUUCAAACUUUACACACUCACAGAAAAAAAGGUACUGAAAUGUACAUUUGUAGAGGUGCUAGCAUCGCUCAGUCGAAUUUUACCACACACACACACACACACACACACAAAAAAAAACCCUGACGUGCAUCGGCAUGCAUAAACACGUUUAUUUUACGCCAUUUUUACAAAAUGAUAACAAGUACAUGCUCAUGUGUUAAUGCAAUUAAUAAUCAGUUGCAGUGGAAUAUAUUUAUACACGAUUUUCUUUUUCGUAGAUGCAUCAGCAUAAAGGCUUUAACAGAAAAAAAUCAAAAAUUAUUCACCCUUUUUAAUUCAGUUCAGUUGCAUAGAUUAAACGGAUUUGAACAACGUUGCCACAAAGCGGCUUUACAGAAAUCCGCUUUUUAUUACUGAGACAAACAUAAUCAAAACAACUCGUUGGCCCGAAUACGAACAAAACAAAACCAAGAAAAAUUAUAUUAAAAAAGAAAAUGAUCAUAAACUACAUUAUGAAAGAAAACUAUAUAUAUUUUUAAAAAUAAUAGCACUCUUCUUUUAUAACUGUUCUACCGGUUCGUCAGUGUAGACAUGCAGCCUACGCUGUCAGGUCAAAGUUCAGAUAAAGUUUGCGCAGAGGGUUUAAAAACGUCGUUUUCUUGUCUAAAAACAUUGCAUGCGGGUAAACCAUAAAUGUUGGCACCUCUGCUUUUGCUUGCUGCUCAAGGGUACCAUUAGUAUAAAUCUCACAUCUGUAAAUGUGAAAAUAGUUUACUUUUAAAAAACGAUUUCAUUAUCGCAUAGAUAAUUUCAACGCUUUUAAACGAAAGCUCUAAAGAAACAGACUAAAGGACCCCCAGUGACGAGGCAUAGUUACAGUAAGUACCUUUUUGUUCCUAAAAGUUUGAUGAAAGAAUCAGGGUUUAUUUUAUUUUUAUAUAUUUUUUUUGGAUUGUUUUAGUAUCUGUUUUUAUGCAGGUUUUAAUCCAUGUGCACUAGGCUUGUGCGAUAUCGAUUUCCCCCGUUUUAAAUUCCUUUUAAUAUAUGAUAGAUAAAAACAGUCAGGAAAGCGAGUAUUUCCACCAUUUCAGGUUUGAGUAUGGGACGGCGUACUGUGAUAUCAUAAACUGUGUGGUCAGGAACUGCGUACCGGCAGUGGCAGUUACAAAAGCCCGGCUGGAUGGUGGAGUUGGGGUAAGUGGGCGAGGCUUCCAGGCGGUGUCAGUUCCGAUAUUAAAUUGCGGCGCUGGCAGGUCUGGUAAUGUAAUGUAAUCAGAGUAGACGUCACUGGAUGUCAGGGUAGUGUAAUAUCGUGUAGAGACGAUUAAAUCACUAUAUCGCACAAGCCUAAUGUACAGUCAUUUGUUACUGACUCGAUUUAAUGAAGCAACUUUGAAGACGUCUAUAUAGAAAGGUUUACAUCAUUGUUAUGCUGUAGUGGGCUGUAAUGCUGGAUGAAAUGUUCUAAAGAAUAAGAUCAUAGAGCUUUUACAAGCCGUGGCUUGCACAUAGUAAAAGACGUACGCAUAAAUACGUAUUUGAGGUAAAACGCAUUAUUAAGUCCAUUAAAUCCACACACGAUGAAGUAAAGUGUGGUUUUUCUGAACAUUUCGCUGUUUUGGUAAUCAUUCUGGACCUAAAACGAUUGGCUAUAGUGUUCAUAUCACAAACGGAACGAAAACAAAAAAACAUUAAUAUACAGCGUGCUCCAUUAAUAUUGGCACCCUUGGUAAAUAUGAGCAAAGAAAGCUGUGAAAAAUUGUCUUUAUUGGUUAACCUUUUGAUUUUAUGUUCAGAACGGUCACAGAAAUACUCCGCUCUCAUGGAUAUCAAACAAUUACAAGCACAACACAGGUUUAUCAAUAAAAAAUAUAUUUGUUAAACAUAGGUGUGCAACAAUUAUUGGCACCCUUUCUUCUCCUGUAAUGCCUGAUGAGGUUGGAGAAUACACGGUGAGGGAACUGAAAUCCGGGAUCUGGUAACUUCUGCAGUUCUCCAGCUGUGAUCCUUGGAGAUGUUUUAUCCACUCGAACCGUCCUCUUCACAGUGCGUUGAGACGAUAUAGACACACGUCCAAUUCCAGGUCGAUUCAUAACAUUUCCAGUGGACUGGAACUUCUUAAUUAUUGCCCUGAUGGUGGAAAUGGGCGUUUUCAGUGCUUGUGCUAUUUUCUUAUAGCCACGCCCCAUUGUGUGAAGCUCAACAACCUUUUGCCGCACAUCACAGCUAUAUUCCUCGCUCUUACCCAUCGCUAUGAAUGACUAAGGGAAUUUCGCCUAUGUGUUACCUCAUAUUUAUACCCCUGUGAAACAGGAAGUCAUGGUCGAACAAUUUCCUGUUCCUACUCACCCAUGUGUACUUAAAAAAAAAUUACAAUAUCAAUGGGAAUACACUUCAACUAUAUUUUUCUCAUAUGAAUUCAUAGGGGUGCCGAUAAUUGUCGCACGCCUACAUUUAACAAAGAUAAUUUUUUUGAUAAACCUGUGUCGUUUGCGAUUGUUUGAUAUCCGUUAGAGCAGAGUAUUUUUGUGAACAAUAAAGACAAUUUUUCACAGCCUUCUUUGCUCAUAUUUACCAAGGGUGCCAAUAUUAGUGGCGGGCACUGCAUUCUGUGUUCCUCUUCUUUUAUUAUUAUUAUUAUUAUUAUUAUUAUUAUUAUUAUUAUUAUUGUUUUCUUUUCUUUUUUUAACGGCUGUGGAAGAGCAGUAAUAUAAACCAAAGACUGCUUUAUUUAGCCGCAGUAGUAUUAAAGUGGCAGUCAGUAUUUUUGCUUGUUACGUGUGUUUAUUGUUGUAAAUACGCAGUAAAAAUCUUCUCCUAUGCAAUGAAAUGUUUAAUUGUUAUUACGUUUGUAUUGUAAGUUGCCACACUGUAAUUGAGCUGUUCCGGUAUAACGCACUGUUUUACAGUUAGCUAUUUAAUCUAAUUUAAAGCUAAAUUUACAAAAGGAAAUAAAGUAAAGUGUAGAAUACUCAGCCGGAGUUUUAUAUUUAAGGUGGCCUGAUGUAAAACAUUAUUACCGUUAUUUUGUUAGACGUAUGAUAAGGAUUACACGUCGGUCAUCAUAAUGUUUAUUCAUGUGCACUUUCUUUCCUUUAUGUCCAUAAGCGUUCAGUAAUUGAUGUGAAUAUUUGUACAUGACUGAAAUUCAGACUGCUUACCUCUUUAAUGAUGUUUAAGUUUAGCGUAAUGUAUGUUUUUUUGGUCGUUUUCACUGUAAAUGUUACAACCUUGGGCAUUGAAAUAAAGUCUUAAUUUUAAA